AUGAGUCUUGAAACGAAGAAUAUAGAGAAACUAAACUCCCUGAAUGAGCUGACGGGAUUGGUGCAGUGCUUGGUGGAUCGAAACACAUUAAUCGACCUGCGUAAUGAGACUUCCGUAGCUGGGACCAUAGUACACGUUGAUGGCUUCAUGAACAUCACUAUGGAAAACGUUGUGUACAUCGAUCAACUCGGAAAACAGUUCCCGAUGGACACCUUCAUGAUCUGCCCGCAGUACAUACGCUACGUCCACAUUCCGAAAGAGAUCAACAUCCGGCAUGCCCUACAGGAGCACAUUGCUUCAAAUACAUCUGUGAAGCGGAAACAACAGCAUCGAACCUUCAAACAGAAGCGUGCCCAAGAGAAUCAACUUCUUACAUUGGCCGAAAAUAACAUGCUAUGAAUCCGAAAUAACACAGUGAAGUGAGUGAAAUGUAUGCCAUAAAUUUAUUACGAAAAACAGGCUUGUUUUAUUGUCUUCGUAAUACGCGUCCAGAAUACAUUCACCAAACCGAGCCGCUAUUAAACUCGUCCUCUUCAAGGAAAUAAUACAUACAUUAAUG